AUGUACAAGAAGGCGUUGGGAGGGUCACGUAUGCAUCGUAAACAAUACUUUAACCGUAAAAAGAGUGGCGACAAUGAGAAUGAGAAUGAGAGUGGUGAUGAUGAGGAUGUAGUUGUGGACUUUGACGAUAAUGCUACUGCGGGUAAUGUAUCCUGGUCCGGUGCUGGGAAGAACAGUCUGUGGAAAAAGCAUCAGUGUGAUGACAUCAUAUGUGCUAACUGUGGUGACACUACAAAGAUGGUAUAUUUCCCCGCUCUGUUCAAGUAUAACCACAAGUGUCUCUGGAAACAGAAACAAGCCAAGGUACCGUACCCUGCAUGCAGUA